GUAAACGAAGAAGUCUGAGGCGUGGGAUCUCAGUGGGAGAGGAAGUGCGACGAAGAAUCGACUACGGUCAGUUUCAUCCCAGGCAGCGUCACGACUUGACGACCGUGCGGAGCUACGUCCUCUACGUCGUUUAUCGUCAUUCCAUUCCUGUACCGCGUACGUCCGGCUGGGAGAUAGCAAGUGCGAAGCGACUACGUUGUCUAGCCUGUGCGUCGCUCCCUGUAGUCUCGCCAUUGACGCCGACGGCGACGCUGUUACGGAGCAAGCGAGAUAGGAAGUAAAAGAGAGAGAUAGAUAGAUAGAGAAAGAGAGUGUGAGAGUGAGAAAGAGGCAAGCGAGGGACGCGGAGCUUUCUCAAGAGACUUGGCGACAUAACGAUGGCGACGAUAUCAACGAUCACGACGACAACGUCGAUGUCGACGUCAACGACGAGGAUUGAGACAGCGAUGGCGACAGAGCCGAGAAGGAAUUAUAACGAACUAUGUCGCUUAUGCGCUUCUUACGACGCCGUUAGGAUGCACAUAUUUGGCCAGGAAGGCAAGAAUCGUCAACUCGUCGACAAGAUUGAAACGUGCUUGCCGUUCAAGAUAAUGGAAGAUGAUUAUUUGCCAAAAGUCCUGUGUUAUCGAUGUAUGUACAACUUGGAGAAUUUCUAUGACUUUAGGACUGCGUGUGUUAACGCAGCUGUUUUGUUGGAAAGAAAUAGGCCGAAGGAAGGCGUGAGCGAUGAAGAUGCAAAUGACACUGCGCAAUCCUGCGAGAUGCGCGCGGCAUUUCUUAAGAAAGAAAAUAUGCCAGUACUUAUUCCAGAAGCACCCGUAGUCAAUCCCAAUGCAGCAUUGGGUACGCCACCGAGAUUAAAUUCGGAUGGUGAAGCAGAUCCCGAGAUCGAAGAGAUUCUUGACACAAGUGAAGGUACGGAUGAAGCCACAGUGAUCGACGAUUCGGAAGAUCGACGAUCGGAAUAUGAGAUGGCAUACGAAAUGGACAUGGAGACGAAUCCUAGCGACUUCUUGGAAAUGACUCCGAUGGUAACCGAAGAAAAUGAAGAGGAAUGUAGUACAAACAACACGAAUGUCGCGACUGCUCAAGAUACGGUUUUUCCACAUACGUCACAACAACAUGAGGUCUACGUCUGUUCUCUAUGCAACAAAGCGUUCAGUUCCAAGGGUCACUUGUCCCUGCACGCGAGGAUUCACGUGGGUGAGGGUGAUGUGAUUGGCGAAAGAGUAAUUACCGACGACCAUACUUCGUACCAACGACCGUAUCAAUGUGAUCUUUGUCAUAAAUCGUAUUCUACUGCGAAGCAUCGCUGGGGACACGUUUCUACAACGCAUCGAGGACAUCCUGCAGUAACGUGUGCGUACUGUUCUCGUAUAUACUCGACGCGAUAUAAUCUCGAUGAACAUAUAAAAUCACGACAUGCUGGGCUACCACCACCUCCAGAAUUAUCGGUUCCUCUAACGCGUACGGAAACACGUUACCAGUGCCAAACAUGUCCGAUGGUGUUUACGGAUCUAGCAGAUUUCAAUGCGCAUCGUCAGAUAUGCAUCCAGGAACAACGUACAGAUUUAUUAGGUCAAACCGAAGCGCAGAAUAAUAAAAUUUUCGCCGAUACAUCCGACAUCUCAAGUAUAGAUUUGGAUGACGAGAAUAAAGACUUUAAGAAUGCAACCAUAUUGAAACAGGCGCUGACUAAAGGAGAUAAUUUAAAACGGAAUUUCGAUGAUGAUGGUUCGACGUCUAGCGGCAAGCCGAAAAAAAUAGUUAAGUCAGAAGAAGGCGAGGCAAAUCCUCAGAAGAGAUGGUAUUGUGAAGCUUGUCCACAAAGUUUUACAUCAGUGGAGAGUUUAAAAGAACACGAGAUUAGACACGAUGCCGAAAAGCCAUAUAUUUGCAUACUAUGCAACAAAGAUUUUGUUUUGAAAUCUUCAUUAAAUAGGCAUAUUACAAUGUUACAUGGUGUUGAUCCUGCUCCUAUCAUCCACAGUGAUAAGUGUCUAAAGGCAACAGUAAUGUCUCAGAAUUGGAACGAUCGAGUGGACGUCAGCGUUUAUGAGCAAAGUGAAAUAAAAGACCCACCAGAGCUCUCGUCAUCACCUGAGAUAAAUUUAGAGAAUGAUGACAAGGAUUAUAAAAACCAUGAGAAUGUAGAAAUUGAAACAGUAUUUGUGUGUGAGACUUGUAAGCGAGAUUUUAACGAUCGAGCAUCAUUAUGGCUGCACAUACGAGCAAUGCACAAGGAAUAUGCAGCAUUUACCUGUGGAGUGUGUUUAAAGAUGUGCUUUAAUAAUACACAACUUCAAAAUCAUGUCUUCAUGUAUCAUGGAAGGUCUAAGCUUUUAAUCUCGGAACAAAGAAGGUAUAGUUGCACGAUAUGCGGUAGACAGCAUGACUCGAGAAAAAAGCUAAUCACUCAUGUCUCGAUACAUAAUGUCGAUCCUGCCUAUGAUCCUGGAAGUUUUGUACAAUUGAACAGUAAUUAUUACAACGAAAACUUGAAUGGUAACGAAGGCAAUGAACAAGUAUUAGAUUUUGACGGAGAAGAUGGCGAGAAAGUUGAUUGUUACAUUUGUUAUAAAUCUUUUCCGACUGAGGAUCAUCUUAUACGACAUCAGAGAAAUGCUCAUAAGUCUGACCAGAUUUCGUUAGGAGAUGCUGCGAGUGGAAAUACUCUAAGUGUCAAUGGCAAUGGUAAUAGAGCGCAGUAUCAUUUGUUUUUUGUUUGCGAGGUAUGUGGUAGUUCACAUUCGAGCAAAUGGGAACGUUGGUUGCAUAUCAACAACACACAUAAUAAUGAACCUUCUAUUAAAUGUGAAUUGGAAAAUUGCGGAAAAAUAUUUGCGACGAAAUCGUUACGUAAUGAACAUCUUCAACAUCAUGCGAUACAAGGACCCUCGCCAAACACCUGCGAGAUAUGUGGAAAAUUAUGGCCUACUCGCGUUGAUUAUUGGAAACACGUGAUGGGCGUACACGCAGAUACAGUGCCUCUAAUUUGUGGCGUUUGUUUGAAAGUAUUCUCCGACGUUAUGCAAUUGAGCGCACACGUUAAGGCGAAACAUUGGCCACUAACCAGUGGUGAUUUUUGUUGUGAUAUUUGCGGUAGACCAUAUUCCAAUAAAUCGAAAAUGUCUCGGCAUAGAAAGAUCCAUGGCUUGGAGGCGGCUAUGGACGCUGCAUGCGAUAAUAGCAGUUUUAAUGAAACGACCAAUGAAUCGGUGAAACCUGAUCACAGUAAUGGCGCUUCAGAAAUAGAAUUAAAUUGCGAGCAAUGUCCUGAACUUAGUUUCACGACAUUGGACAGUUUGUGUAAUCAUCGACGGAUAACACAUAAUCUUUUCCCGUGCGAUUUGUGUAACAAAUGUUAUGGCAGAACGUCACAUUUAUGGAAACAUGUAAAUAGGGUGCACAAAGGACACACAGACGUGACCUGUCCUUAUUGCGCAAAGACAAGCGCAUCAAGGGAUCAUCUAGCAGCACAUAUUGCAAAGAUUCAUAGGUUCAUGCCCACAGUGGGUAAGGACAAUCAAAACUGCGUCACUUCCAAGUCCUUGAGUGCAGACGAUGGUGUCUUGCAUUAUUGUGAAAAAUGUAACAAAGGAUUCCAUAAACGCUACUUGCUCCGUCGUCAUAUGAAAGGUUGUCAAAACUAUCGUAAAGAUCCUGGGGCAUUGUUGACUCGUUGCCGGGCCUGCGAGAGGAUAUUUAAAGAUCGCGCGAGUCUGCAGAAACAUAUUGAAAAUCAUCAUACUACAUAUACUUGCCAUUUGUGUAAUGAGACGAUCACUUCCAAGCUAGGUAUCAUGACACAUAAUCGUAUCAAUCAUAUGGAUCAUCCGGAUCUGACGUGCGACCAUCCGAGCUGUAAAAAACUUUUCCGCACCAAAGAAGAUUUGGAAUCUCAUCGAAAAGAUCACAAAUAUCAUAGCAAUCUGGAUGUUUGUGAUUUUUGCGGUGACACCGUGGAAAAUAAACUGAAACUGAAGAUGCAUGUAUUAUCAUUGCAUCGAAACGAGAUCGGCGUAUCCUGUGGGGUCUGUCUCAUUCCAAUGAAGGAUCCCAAAGAUUUGAAGAAACAUGUCGAAGCGGUGCAUAGCAGCGUUCUCUCUAAACCAAACACGUGUCAGGUAUGUGGCAAGCAAUAUGCAUCCAAAUGGAAGGCUUUCGAUCACACGAAGAAGUGUCAUGGCAAAGUUUUUCUUACAUGCAAACAGUGUUUAGCCGUUUUUACAGACGAGAAUGAUAUACGCGAUCACUAUGAACAUGUGCAUAACGUUCCAAAGGACCAAUUAGCUAUUUUCGAAUAUAGAAUGGAUAUUGGUGCAAAGAGGGAGGGUUACGAGACUCCUGAUAUCAUUGUGAAGGAGGAACCUGAUGAUUUAGAGUUUGACGAAGAAAUGUGUGACGAAAGUUCGAAUGAUUCUCGCAAACGUAGAAGAUCGCCAAAUGAUACGUAUGAUUGCGAGAUGUGUCCCGAGAUCUUCCUCAAUUCAGACACUCUCGCUAAGCAUUAUCAGAACGUCCAUAAUACAGACCCCGUCCGUAUGUUCAAGAAAUUCAGGAAGGAUAAUAGCGAUGGCAAGCGCAAGAUGAGAAAUAGAAACAAUUUUGAAUGCAAGAAUUGCAAAAAGCAAUUCUCUACUAAGACUCUGUUCUGGAAUCACAUCAAUGUAUGUACACGACGAAACUCGAUAGGUAGAUUUGAUAUGCCGAAUAAUGUUCCGACAUCAAUUCUGGAGUCUCAUCUAAAAAACAAUAAUCAGAUUCAACGAGAAGAACCGGUACCGCUUACAAACGAGUCCAACUUGAACAUUCCCGACUUCAAUCUAUUCGAAGACAUCAAUUUGCAAUUGUCAGCUCAGAAACCUGUGCCGAAUCUUAUGCCAUUGUCGCAGAUGAAAGCGACGGGUAACGGCAAAUGCUCGAGAAAAGACUCACGCAAGGUGUAUGAUGAAUCAACCAAUACCGAGUGUACGUGCGAAGUUUGCGGUAAACAAUGGCCCGCCAAGAAACAUUUGUGGCAACAUCUAAUUCGUUUCCAUCGCGCUGAAGCUGCUGUUACAUGUGGUGUAUGUUUGAAAUUGUGUAAAUCUUAUCAAGACUUGGCCGAUCACCUGAAGGCUGAACAUGCUCCCGUUUUGUCACCGGAGGGCAAUAAUUUCACAUGUAAGACGUGCGGUAGAUAUCACAACGCGAGAAGCAAAUUGCUGUUGCACAUGAGCAUCCAUAUCGGAAACUUCCGGUGUCAAAAGUGCCAGCAAGGUUUUGCAAGUGAGGAGAAACUCACCGAGCAUGCAACGAGCUGCAAUGGCAAAUCGGAGUUUGAGGAUAAUACAGUGGCAGAUGAAGAUAAUGCAAAGAAUGACAACGACGAGAAGGGCAGUUUAAUCGCCGAUGAGACAUCAGUCAUUGAGGAAGCAGAGGAAGCGGAGGAAGCAGAUUUUGAAUCAGAAGGUGAAGGAAGUAGGGAUAUUCAUGAUAGAGAUAAUUCGGAAAAUAGUGAAGAAGACAAUUCGGAAAAUAGUGAUGAUUCAGAUAGCGAUAGUAAUAGUAGUUCGAGCGAAGACGAAAACGAAAAUGAAGGAGAGGAAGAGGAGGAGGAAGAGGAAGAAAAUGAAAACGAAAAUGAAUCUGAUACGAGAACUACUAGUAGAGCGAGCGGUGAUAGUGUAUCAUGUAAUUCCGACAGUGACGAUGAAUCAGAUAUGGAUGAAACGCAAGUGGACGCAACGGAAAAGAAAGCUAUACAAUUGAACGAUAUUAAUAGAUUCAGGAUAUGUGGUGACGGUAUUCAAGAGAAUAUGCCAGUGGAGACAAAUAUUGAAGAUCAGAAAACUGAUCUUACAUCCAUAGCAACAGUUGCAGAACAGACUACAUCGAAUAAUUUAAAUGAUCUUUUGAUUUCUAAUGUACCUGGAAACAUGGGCACUGACAAAUUUGAAGCAUUUCGUGUCGAAAAACUACAACAAGCUACGACGAGCGAUGUAGACUCUGAUAACGAAGACGAUGAUGAUAACGAGGAAGAUGAUGAGGAAAAUAAUGAAAAUGAAGAAGAAGAAGAAGAUGGUGAAGAAGGUGAUCAGGAUGAAGGUGAAGAUGAGGAUGAAGGUGAGGCUGAGAGUGAGGCUGAAAGUGAGAAUGAGAAUGAGAAUGAGAAUGAGAAUGAGAAUGAGAAUGAGAAUGAGAAUGAGAACGAGGAUGAGGGUGAAGCUGCAGCCGAGGAAGAGGAAGAAGAAGAGGAAGAAGAGGAGGAUGAUGAAGAUGACGAUGAUGGACCGCCUGUGUUAAGUCCAAUAAUGCCUUUGUUACCAGAAAAUGAAUCUGAGGAGUACAGCGGUACGACAGAUCGCACGAGGCACAAGCUUAGUCCAAUGGUUUCGUUGAGUAUAGCUAAAGAUCUAGAGGAGUGCGAAAUAACCGAAAUACCAAAUGACACGGACAAUAUGUCAAACACAGUCAAUUUCUUCGCGGCUAAUAAUAAUGAUUUAUCCGUAACAUGGGACGAGAAUUUGGAUGGUAACGUAAUCAACAAUGACGAUUGCAACUCUGACGCUGGAAACAGGGAGAAAAAUGAGGAAUUUGAUAAGGAAUACGUAAAAAUAGAAGUAAACGAAGGUGACUUUGAGGAAGAUUCCGUGGAUGAGAACGUAGUGGAUAAUAGAGAAGAUGAUGGAGAUAAUCAAGUGCAUGAGGUGCAUAAUCUGGACGGAACAGUGUUAAUGGUGACUAAUGACGCGGAAGGUAAUCAAAUUUUGAUAGAACAAAACGUGUUAGAUAUUGAUAACGAGGACUCUAAUAUCGAAGCGGCCCAGUAUAUUUAUCCAGAGAACACUUACGAGAUCGAGGAAGAGGAUUAUCCAACGCGAAACGAAACCGACGUCAUGCAGACGGACGAGAUGCAAGGUAGUAUGUCCUACGUUCAGGAUACUUCGGAAAACGAAGAUAGUAUGCAGAAUGAUAUCGAGGAAAACAGUGAUGUGCAAAAACAGUAGGACAUGAGUGCCAAAACGGAGGAAGGAUCUAGGAUAAUAAAUCUGUAAUAAAGUGUAAGAUAAUUAAUAUGAAAUUAAGAUCCUUAUAAAAAGAAAUUACAUACAUAUGUACCUUGAAAAACGAAUAUUGUAUAGUAGAAUAAGCUUAUAGCUUAUAGCUUUGGAGGAUUUUUAAUAGACUGCGUAAAAAAGGGGGGAGGGAGAAAGAGGGAGGAGAGGGGGAAAGAGAAAGAGUAAAUUACGACAAUUUCCAAUGGAAAACGUUUUGUUUUCAUUGAUCUGCCAGGGGCUUUGCAUUCAUUCACUGGUGCGAUGUUGCAAGCUUCCGAUUAAUCGUUUCGAAGAAUAAUACGAUUUUGA